AGCGGAGCCAUUUUAUUCUGGUCGAGACCACCGGCAGCCGGCUUGGCAUAGGAAUCCCGCGAGAUUAUCCGUAAGCCUCGCAGAUGUGGAUACUUCCGCCCGCAAGCAAGAUGGCGGCCCUGUUCAGGCAAGCGUGGGCUCCUCUGCUCUUGACGCCGGGUCGGGUUAGCGUUGGGAGCCGCCGCGGGGUUCGCGGGCUAAGAAGGAAACCUCUCCGUGUGCUGCCUUCGGUCGCGCAGGCGCAGGAGCAGCAGCGGAUCGUCCCCUCCAAGGUUAAAGCCAGUUCCCUCCCAAAAGCGCCCGCUAAGGAGCGCAAGCCGGAACCGGAACCCAAGGAGGCGGAGCUGCGCUAUGAGCGGGCCGAACCCAACGAGAAGAGGCUGAGCAAAUUGGUGACCCUUGCCAAGUCGAGGACGUUUCGCGAGAAGCAUGGGAAAAUUCUCCUGGAAGGCCGGAGGCUCAUUACUGAUGCUCUGGAAGCUGGGGCCGUUCCCCAGAUGAUCUUCUUUAGCAUGAUGGAGAACCUGAAGCUACUGCCGGCAGCCAAGCUCAAAGGGGCCACCCUCGUCAAAGUGAAAUUCAGUGACAUCAAGAUCUGGUCAGAUGUCAUCACUCCACAGGGGUUGAUAGGGAUUUUCGCCAUGCCCCAUCACUCCAAAAUGACGUACCCAGAAGUCCCGCCGGAGCACGCCCUGCCCCUCACGCUGAUCUGCGACAACAUUCGGGACCCUGGAAACCUGGGCACCAUCCUGCGCUCAGCGGCUGGAGCCGGCUGCUGCAGCGUGCUGCUUGUGAAAGGCUGCGUUGAUGCGUGGGAACCCAAAGUGCUUCGGGCGGGGAUGGGAGCUCAUUUCCGAAUCCCCAUCAUCUCCAACGUGGAGUGGGAACUCGUCCCCAAUUACCUGCCCACCAAAAGCUGCAUCCACGUGGCUGAGAGCUCCCCCGAGCGCCCCCAAACGGAGGCUGAACGGGCUUCCCCAGGUCAGGCUGCUUGCAGGGGCUGGACCCCCAGGCCCCCCAACCGAAAGGCCCAGCCAGCCCCAUCCAAAGGGAGCCAGGAGGAGGAGGAGGAGGAGGAAGAAACAGACUUGCUGCAAGUCCAACCUUAUUACGAGCCGUGGAUGGAUGCUCCCGGAGCCAUAGUGGUUGGCGGGGAGACCCACGGGGUAAGCGCUGAAGCCAGAAAUCUGGCCCACAGGAGCAGAGGGAAGCAGCUCGCCAUCCCGGUGAUCCCAGGUGUGGAAAGCUUGAAUUCUGCUAUGGCUGCCAGCGUUCUUCUCUUUGAGGCCAAGAGGCAAUUGCUGGUCAAGGAGGGCAGUGCUGCUGGGCUCCAGUUAAAACUUUGAGGACUGGAAUCCUGGCGUGAAUUGUUCUUUUUUCGCAACAAGUAUGGUCUCUCUGAGCGGUCCCCAUUUCAGGGUCUGCUGCUCUAGGAUUCCGUGGGUCAUCGGGGGGAGUCCAAAAAGUCAGGAAGGUGACUGCAAUUAGGUAAUCAAAGCUCUGCCCCCACUUCUUUUUACACGUGAGGCUUUGAUCGCACCAUCCUGGAUGGUGCACUUGACUUCUCUCUCUCUCUCUCUCUCUCACACACACACACACGUACGGAUUCUCCCCCACCCCCAUCCGUCUCUGUCCUUUCUCUCUGGCUAAAUGGGACAAUUUUUGGCAGCCAAGCGAGGGGAAGAGGAUGGGAGGUGUUGGAAAGGGGGUUGUGCAGUUCUGAGUCAGGCAUUUACACACUUCCUUGCCAAGGUCAAGAAAAGAUUGGGCAAGGUUUCCCAACAAACAUUCAGAAGGAGCCAGGUAGCCCCUUGGCCCGCUAACAAACCUUCUCAAAAGGCAUAAACAUCCGUGAUGCAGUGCAUCUGAUGGAGCGGGCUGCGGCUCACGGGAGCUUAUGCCUUUCAAUAAAAUGUUUUAGUCAGAUAAGGGGCUCCCAGACUAUUUUCUGCUGCCAUAGGCCCACACCGCUCUCCUCCUACAAUGUAAUAAACUUUCUGUGGCGACCCACCCAACUCGCCCAGUUGUGCGGCUUCACGGGAAGCAGGACGCGUCGACAAUCCCUCCAGGGUCAAAACCCGCAAACGGCCUCUUGCAUGCAGAAGAUUAGCACACUGGGAGAAAUGCCACCGUCGCUUAGUCCUUGAUGGGUUAACUCUGCUCAUUUCAAGAGCUGGCAGCUGAGGGCUUUCCCCCUACGCUUGUCAAAGUUUCCCCAAACAUAGCUUAUGACCUGGGUUUCUUUAGCAGUCCAGUUCGUUCUUCUCACUGUCACCUGUUUUUUAGAACGACUUUCAUCCACUCCUUUUGUUUGGAAGUCCAAAGCUGACAAAAGUUGUUUAGGCCGCCGAGCUGGCGAAGACAAAAGUUCCCGGGCUGCGCCUGCCAACGUGUACAAAAGAAUCUGGAUCCUUCUGGGUCUUUUCUAGCAGAAAAAGUUUAUAUUGCAGCACACAGAAUUCGCUGGCCCCGGCAAAGCACGUGGUGACAUCACUCCUUCUCUCUGAUCCUUUGCCAAAAACCUGGCCAGCCUCGCUUGCUGCUUCACUCCCAAAUUUGGCCUUGUUUGUUCAGGAGUGCAAGGUCACUUUCCACUUUUCACCAUUUUCCCUUGUAUUGAACAGCCCUUCCUUUGCUGAGCUUCGAAGGUCUUUCCAUUGUAAGCUUUGGAAAAAAGGCUUUUGUCGUGCCCCCCACCCUCUUUUUGCCCUGAAUCUCUAUCCCCCGUGCAUUUUAGCACGCUAAACGUCUCCCCAGACCCGAACGCCUCUUCCCACUGAAAAGCAAUUUUAGGGAGUUGUUCUCUUUUGUUGAACUAGAUACAUAAAUAAGCUCUGGUUUUGUCCAUGUUCUCUGCAAGCCAGUUUAUAUACAGGGAAGAGGUGCCUCUGUAGCUUGUCGGGUCACCUGCCCCCUCGGCUGAACAUCUGUCUUAACCUUUUGGGACUGCAGUUUUAGCAGAGGAAGCAUUUCUUCCUCCUUUGCGUCCCCUACAAUCCGGUGAUCGCUCAUUUUGGUGGGCUUUUUUUGUUUUUGUUUUGGAAUAUCCAAGCCUCGCACGCAGAGGUUAGCUCUGAAAAUUUAAGAAAAAAUAACGAGGCCAGUGCAGCUGGGCAAGAUCAAAGAACUGAGACCAGCCUAGAUUUCAGUGAGGGAUUUUCAUCUUGGGCUAAAUACAGACGCUCGGAAACCGCAAGAGGCAUUUCCCAGCCCCGUUUCCUGCGAGUUAAUUAAGGUGGAGUCGCUCUGAAUCAUCUGAAACGCUUCUUCCCGGGUUUCUCCCCACCUGGGCUGAGUCGCCGUAACCUUUCCCAAAUAUUUCGUCGUUCGACUUUCCUUUGGGGGCUUUGCAGACCAGAGCUAUUCCUUGCCAGGAGGUGGCGACGUGUUCGCUGUAGUGCUAGGCGAAACAAGCCACCCACAGCCCUCUGGGUUAUUACUGGUUUAGGUUAUUAGAUUGAGGUGCGGCCCGACUCCGAAAUUACUCUGGGCGGCUCGCAAUAUCAAACCGGCAAGAAUUAAAAACAGAUGCACAAUGCAAUGUAAAUGAUGAUCUGCCAUCAAGUUGUUGACUCUUAGAGACCACCUAGGUUGAGAAACACUGACCUA